CAUAGCCCGGUAUCUUAGCAAGGAGGAGGGCUUGUAAGGAGAGAGAAUAAAAGGACUCUGUGCUUUCAACUUUAGUGUCCAAUAUAUUGCAAGAUAGAGCUAUUUAAUUAUAGCCUCAUCUAUCUCCUCCUCCUUUUCCUUCCCUUCUUUCUUUCACCUCCUUCUUUCACUAGUGAAGAAGCUUGAGAGACAUGUCUAGCUGCAGCAUCGAUGUUGCACCUGAGCAACUCUGCUACAUCCCUUGCAACUUUUGCAAUAUUGUUCUUGCGGUGAGCGUUCCAUGCAGUAGCCUCUUUGACAUCGUGACCGUCCGAUGUGGACACUGCACCAACCUUUGGUCCGUGAACAUGGCCGCUGCGUUUCAAUCACUGUCAUGGCAAGAUGUUCAGGCACCAAGCCAUGGCAAUCCAGAAUAUAGGAUUGAAACUGGCUCCACUUCCAAAUGCAACAACAGGAUUGCAAUGCGUGCACCCACCACUCAUGUAACUGAGGAAAGGGUUGUGAACCGACCUCCCGAGAAGAGGCAGCGCGUACCUUCUGCUUAUAAUCAGUUCAUAAAGGAAGAAAUUCAGAGGAUCAAGGCCAAUAAUCCUGAUAUCAGUCACAGAGAAGCCUUCAGUACAGCUGCAAAGAACUGGGCACAUUUUCCUCAUAUUCAUUUUGGGCUGAUGUUGGAGAGCAACAAAUCAAGCUAAGAUGGAGAACGUUUCUGAGAAGUGUAUUUGAUGUCAAAGGCUGCGCUAUUGAACAAAUGAAGGCUAUCUUCAUCAUAUUUAAGGACUUCAGUUUCGUUUCAGUCUGUCAAGUAAACAAUUAAUGUCCUGAAAUUUAGUGUUUUAAGGACAAUUAACUCUUUUUCGUCGUUAUUGUACUUGUCACUACUUACUACUUGUUCAAUGGAUGCUUUUACUUAAAUUUGAGGUGAGAAUGCUGCUUUACCUU